AUGGCGUCGAACAAUUAUUACAACAACUCUUAUUCACAUCAGCAACAACAAUAUCAACAUGCCGAACCGCCAGAACCAUAUCAUAGUCAAUUCGACGUUCAAUCGCAACAAAACACAGUGCCUCCAUCAUAUCAUUCUCAAGUACCUUCAAGACAAGGCUCGAUUCCAUCCCGCGGAGGAUCGACUAGACCUCACGAAAUGUCACCAGUCUCACCAUUCGAAGCCCCGUUCGAUGAUCAUGUAUAUCCAGCACCAAAUGUGCCGCCGCAUAGACAAGAUAGCUCGAAUAGCUUAGGACAAAAUUCACAAUACUAUUCACAAGGGGGUGGUGGCAGACCUCAUGAUGGAAUGGGUUACUCCAAUGAUGAUAUACCUCUACGAGAAAAUCCGCAAGUACCACCAAAGGACGCCUCUACAGAUCAUAUUUAUGAUUCGAACUUGAAUGAUCAUGUAUACGAUGCAGAAGAAUCGGGAGUACCUUCGCAUUUACAGAAUAACAAGAAGAAUAGAAUGAGCGACGCUAUGGCUAUGUCACUCAUUAAUAAAAAGAAAGGCUUUCCUUUCGUUACAUAUACUCUCACAUUGGUACAAGUGAUAGUAUUUAUUGUCGAGAUUGUUAAGAAUUCCCAACUUACUGGCUCUCCUAUCGAAAUUCAUCCAUCCUUCAAUCCUAUGAUUGGCCCUUCACCAUACGUGGUUAUCAACAUGGGGUCAAGAUUCACGCCUUGUAUGCAUAAUAUGACCGCCAUACCAGAUUUAAGUGCCAUAAGUUGGCCAUGUCCGAAUACAACAAGCUCAACGUCAGCCGAAUGUUCAAUAAGUGAUCUUUGUGGAUUUGGAGGUGUUGGAGCAACACCAGAUCAAUGGUAUAGGUUCAUUUUACCUAUGUUUCUUCAUGCCGGAAUCAUCCACAUAGGUUUCAACAUGUUGCUUCAAAUGACGAUGGGAAAAGAAAUGGAAAUUUUAAUUGGACCCAUUCGAUACUUUCUGGUUUACAUCUCCAGCGGAAUAUUUGGAUUUAUAUUAGGUGGAAACUUUGCAGCAACUGGUAUAUCAUCAACAGGCGCAUCGGGUGCUCUUUUUGGCCUUAUUGCUCUUACACUACUUGACUUAUUGUAUAAGUGGAAAGAACGUGUGAGUCCGAUGAAGGAAUUGGCUUUUAUCAUGCUCGACAUUAUCAUAUCUUUCGUUUUAGGUCUUUUACCCGGUCUUGAUAAUUUCUCUCACAUUGGAGGAUUCCUUAUGGGUCUUGUUCUCGGUUUAUCGAUUCUUCGUUCACCCAAUUCUUUACGAAUGCGAACAGGUCAAUCAGAUCCACCAUACGCACCUGUCCCUACCAAAGCGAGCCAAGGCGACCGUGGUAUCGUUAGUUUAUUCAAAAAUCCUUCGGGAUUUUUCAAGGGCAGAAAACCAGCUUGGUGGGCUUGGUUACUUUUGAGAUUAGCUGCCUUAGUCUUCGUCUUUAUUGUGUUUAUUUUGCUUCUAAACAAUUUCUAUGUCUAUAGGAAGACUUGCGGUUGGUGCAAAUAUUUGAGUUGUAUUGAUGUGAACAAUUGGUGUAGCCUGGGCAAUUUGAAUUUGACCAAUACUACGACGAAGAGAAGUUUACUUGAUAGUUGGGGUUCAAUGGCCAAGUUGUAUACAUAA